GACCUGCACCCCAGGGCAAAGUCUCUCUCUGCCAGGGGUCUCCUCUCUGGAUCCUCCAUGUGCUCGGCUAGAGGUCUCACCUGUGACCGGCUGAAGAUGAAGACUCCUCAGGUCAUCCGAGACGCACCGACACCGCUGCUGCUGCUGCUUCUGCUGCUGCUGCGGCUGACAGGGGUUUGCAUUGACGCGUACAAGCCUGUCGUCAUCGUGCAUGGUAUUUUUGAUGGACCAAAGCAGUUCACAACGCUGUCUAGUUACAUAACCAAGGUGCAUCCAGGCACUGAGGUGAACGUGAUUGACCUGUAUGACAACAUGGCCAGUCUGAAGCCAUUGUGGAAGCAGGUCCGAGACUUCAGGAAAGCCAUCAACCCCAUCAUGCAAAAGGCUCCUGGUGGCAUUCAUCUUCUGUGCUUUUCACAAGGUGGUCUAAUUUGUCGAGCACUUCUCUCUACGGCUUCAAACCACAAUGUCCACUCCUUCAUCUCGCUGUCAUCACCACAGGCUGGGCAGUAUGGAGACACGGACUACCUGAAUUGGGUAUUUCCUGACUGUGUCAAGAAAACGGUCUUUCGUAUUUGCUACAACAGACUGGGACAGAAAGUGUCUAUCUGCGACUACUGGAAUGACCCUCACCACAGGUCCCGCUACUUGCAGAGCAACACCUUUCUGCCGCUGAUCAAUGGUGACAAACCUCACAGUGAGAUGAAAUUAUGGAGAGAAAACUUCCUGCGCAUCAAGAAGCUUGUGCUGAUUGGAGGACCAGAUGAUGGCGUCAUCACACCGUGGGAGUCCAGCCACUUUGGAUUCUAUGACAGCAAGGAAACUGUUCUGCAAAUGGGGAACCAGGAGUAUUACAAGAACGACACGUUUGGACUGAAGACGCUGAGCGCUCGUGGAGACGUGUCGGUGUGUGUUCAGUCUGGUGUGAAGCACGUUCAGUGGCACUCCAACUUCACGGUGUUCAGGAGCUGCAUAGAGAAGUGGCUUACAUGAAAACAACACACUGACAGAGGGGUCACGGGGGGGCUGGAGCCUUUCAAAGCUCAGGUCCAGUCUGUCACAGACAGGCUGACACAUACAAAGAGAAAACCAUUCAUACUCAGAUUUACACAUACACAGUACAGGCAGUUUCACAUAGAUCAAAUUCCACACAGAAAGGUCCCAGCUGACACCUUCUACCACCACCGUGCCACCCCUAAUUCCUUCUUUUCUAUAUAUUUUAGUAAUACAGACAGUAACCACAGGCAACACUCAUUUACACACAAACACAGAUCUGUAGUUUCAUCUUCUUUAAGACAUACCCCAUGAAAAAAUCAUCAUAGUAUUGUGUUGUAUAAUUCUGCCAUACCCAUCAUCUUGUAAAAUUAUAUUCCAUAUUUUGUCAUAUAAAAAGGAUCUUAAUAGAUUGAUAAUGUAUAGUUUACUUGCUACACAAUAUUUUUAUUCUUUUCUUAUGAAGCACACCUGUGGCGAGUGAAUUCAACUAGUGUUUAAUUAAUACGAGUGCAUCUGUGUUUUAUGCCUUCAAAAGACUUUUUACAAGAACCAUGUCAAAUUGUAGCGGUACAUUUAU